UUUGUUCUGUCUGUUUUCGGUGCGUGUAUGUAGAGUGUAGUGUGAUAGUCUUUGGAGAACGGGCGCGAGAUUUGCAGAAGAAGAUGGGGACGGCGGCAAAUCCAGUAGUAGAGCAACCAUCAUCCGAAACGACGUCGGACCAGGUCGAGGCUUUGCUUGAGGCCGCUAGAUACGAUGAUCUUGACGACGUCGUAAGCUUAGCAUCCUCCGGUGUUUCUCUCGAUUCCAAGGACUCCCUUGGCCGUACAGCACUUCAUAUGGCUGCAGCAAAUGGACAUCUUGACGUUGUAGAAUAUCUUAUUAACAGAGGAGUGGAUCUUAAUGCUAUUAAUGAGGAGAAGAAUACACCUCUUCAUUGGGCUUGCCUCAAUGGUCAUAUUGAGGUGGUUAAGAAACUGAUCUUGGCAGGGGCAAAUGUGACUGAAUUGAACAGCUAUGAGAGGACUCCAAUGGAUGAAGCAGUGAGUGGAGGUAAGAUGGACGUCAUUGAUGCAAUCAAUGCAGCAGUUGCACAACUGGAACUCACUGGUGUCAGCGUUUCCUAAUGUGGGAUUUUCCUAAUUGAAGUCCAAGUUCUGACAGUUUUUACUAGUGUAUUUUUGGUUAAUAGAUUUAUUAAUGUCUUUCUCUUAUAAAUGACAAGCUUGCAGUGUUAAAAUUUUGUUGAUAGUUACUGAAUCUCACCUGACUCUUUGCAA